UGCGCCGCAUUGUUCCGUUCAGUUCGUUUACAAAACGCCGGUUGGCCGUAACGGCCGCGGAAAAAACGUGGCCGUAUACGGGCCGCCACGCAAAUAUGUCCGGGUGCUCCAGUUUUCCGAUAGCGUGUUAAUAUUUCCCAUGAAAAUGCAACUGCUAAGGUAAAGGCUAAGGCGUAGUCGGAAGGCGUGGAAGCUGCAGCACGGACACAAAACGAACUUUAGCGAUUUGGUGGCAUUAUUUUUGGAUUAAGCAGCGCCAAAUUGCAACAGACGAACGAACAACGAACCACGAUUAACGAUUUAAAUUAAGCUACUUACUAGCGGGCAUAUGCAGAUUUAUUGAAGCUAGGGUAAAUUGUUUAGAAUUGCCGCAACAACAAUAGCAACAGCAACAACAUCAAAAGCGACAACAAUUGUUAAGCCUUUAAGCGGCCUAGUCUCUUAAAACUUGCGCUCCAAAAACACGAGGCUAAACUGAAAUUUUAAAAUAUUUUUUAUAUCAACGAUAAUUUAAAAGUUUUCGAAGACAAGCCGGACAACAAAUAGCAGGAAGAAGCAGCAGCAGCAGCAGCAAGUGAAUAAACAAGCUGAAAAAGAAGCAACAGAAGCUCAAGUGAAGACAAGCCAAACAACACGAGCAACAGCAACAACAACUUGAACAACAGCAACAACAACUUGAACAACAGCAACAAGAGCAACAACUACUGCAAAAUGGCUGCCGUACAACGGAAACUUGUGCACAAGCAAUUCAAUUCACCAAUGGGCCUUUACUCCCAGGAGAACGUUAAGGCCACGCUGAAUCGCGAGCUGAAGGCCUUCGGGGCCGACGGGAUUGAAAUCGACGAUCAAAUCACAAAACCCCUGAACUUGGCCAACUCGGCCGUUCUGCGCGCUGUCGAGGAGGAGGAGCAACAAAUCAAAUGCGGCGACAUUUAUGCUCGUCCGAGGCAAAGUCGCACGCGACAGCGCGAUGUGGAGGGCCCCAAUUCGCCGGUGGACCCGCCGCAUCAUGCGCUGCAUCAGCAGCUGCUGGAUCAGAUCAAGACACAGUAUCUAAGCCAUCAGCAUGAUGUUGUCAUCGAUCGGGACACGGUGCUGCGCAUCAAUCGCAUGUCCACCACGCGCCGGCAUCUGCUCAGGCGCGAUCACAGCUGGCCGCCCGUGGAGCAGGAGGCGGCGGGCAUAGCUGCAGCCCACAGCGUCACGCCCUCGCCGACGCACAGCAUCGAUGUGCUGCGCGAGAAAUUCAACAGUCCCACGCGCAUUGUGGAGCCGUCGCCACGAGAGGUGCGCCAGCAGCGUCUCCAGCUGGAGAGGAGCGCCAGCCCAAAGCAACAAAAACUACGCAUCACCCCGCCACCCACACCCAAGCCGCCAGAUGAGCCACUGGGCAGCAGCUGCCGGCAGACGCCCAAGGCCAAGGGCUUCUCGGCGCCCGAGACCAAGGCCGCGGACUCGGACAUUGGCCUGGUGGCGCCCAAGUGCGAGUACUACGAACAGUUGACGAACAAACGCACGACCACGCCCACACUGAAACCAAGCAACAAUUACCGGCCACGACUGAAGCGUCAAUCAUAUUCCCUGGAUCGGGGACGAGCCCGCAAACGGGCCGUGGCCCUGGGCGGUGGCACGGAGCUGCCACCACUCAAGCCUCGGAAUGGGAGUGGCAGCGGGAAUGGAACACCGAAAGUGCAGCGUCGCAGCAUCAAGCUGGCCACCGAGCUGAAAAUCAGCUACGACACGGACACAGCCAACGAUGGCGACAGCGAGGAGGAGCCCAAGGCCGCUGUUGACAUCGAUUUGGAAACGUUGCCGCUGCCAGCGACGCCCAGUGAAAAGGCAGCCACAGCUGCGGCCUCAGCAGCCGCAGCAGCUGCUGACACGGCCAAGCUGAUGACCAAAAGCUUGCCAAUAAAAGCCGCGACGGUAAUUGACAGCCUGGCACUUAAGCAGCAGCAGCAGAUGGCGGUGGCCCUGGCCACGGCGGCAUUCGAUGCCCAGUCGAGCGGCGGUCGCAUUAUCCCAGUCACAGUCACCGCUGAGACGUCGCGCUCAGCCCAUCCUGGACAGCUGUUGGGCAGUGUGCAGCAAAUCUACGACGACGCCUGCAGCUAUCUGCAUCAGGAUCAGCAACAACAUCAGCAGCAGCAGCUGAACAUGACGCCGCCCACCAACACAGAGGAUGCCUCGCUCCCGGCCACAUAUGUGAGUGCCACCAAAGGCAUCAAGCUGCAGCGCCAGGACAGUGCGCCCAGAUUGAAGCCACAGGGCAGCCAUCAGAGCUGUAUACCGACGCCACCUCCGCUGCCGCCGCCGCCGCCGCUGCUGCAGCUGCGCGCCAAGACGCGGCAGGAGGCGAAGGAUAUGCAGGCGCAUCGUCAGGGCGGCAUCUAUGACAGCAAUCUAGAGACCCUGCCAGCCCUGGCCAAACAGCAUGAGGCGCAUGUGGAGAUUGCCCAGCUCGAGGCGAAGUACGCGCACAUCCAGCAGUCUAUCACGGAGCAUCUGCGUCAGAUUGAUGCGUACAUGGAGAAUGCCAAGACUGCCUUGCAGCGCACAGUGCAGCCCACGCCCACGCCCACGGCCAUGCCUACGGAGCCACCACCAGCAAUAGCAGCAGCGAAGCCACUGAGCAGCGGCAACCACAACAACAAUGAGCUCUGGGAUAUGUUUGCCUCACGGCAAUCGCCCAUUCUGGCCGUGGAAAGUCCACUGCAGGCGAUACUGCGACAAAUUUACUGCCGCGCAGCUGGUAUACAGCUACUGCCCAAGGAGCAGGUCAUGCCGGAUAUGCACCUGCAGCCCGUCAUGCCCACAGAGAACGUGCCAAUUGUGGAGCGCGCACUGGAGGAUCUGCACAAGAUUGCCAUUGCACUGGACAGCGAUGAGCACGCGCUGCUGCACGUAGAGCACAAGACGACGCCGACAGCGGCCAAGGCGCAGCACGUAGUCAUCGCGGAGGAAGAAGAGCAGCAGCAGCAGCAGCAGGACACGACAGCAACCGCAGAGGAGGAAGACGUAAGCUUGGACUACAGACAUGUGUCGGAUGUAAUUGCUAACUAUGAGCAGCUGUCGACGGGCAAGGCAGCAGCCACAACGCAACGCCAGGAGCUGCCGCUGGGCACAGACAAACAAGACAAACAAAGCCCCAUAAAUCAACUGGACACUGCUAAGCACCAGGAGCAGCAGGAAUCAAUUGCACAGAAAUCAAUAAAAGAGAAGGAGGAGCUGGGGGAGGGAAAGGAGCAGCUAAAGGAGCAGCAGCAGCAGGCAAUUGUACAGCCGGAGAAGAAGUUAAAGGAGCAGCAGUCGGAGGCGGAAGCUGAGCAGACGGCCACUCCAGGCUGCCCGCACGAGCCGACAGCAACUGAGGACAUCCUGGGCGGCGGCUGGUGCGCCAUUUGUGGCGAGUGUCGCGCCUCACCACACGGCUGGGGCAAGCUCACCAAGGCCGAUCAGUGGCGCUUCGAUAAUCUGCAGAAUGAGCCGCUGGCCAAUUACAAAUCCACCUACGAAAUACGCAGUCCCUACGUGUCGCGCCAAAUCUCCUGGGAGGACACACAGCAGCAGCAGCAGCCGCGGGAGCGGGAACCCAAGGAGCAGCUGCAGCGUCAGCGCAGCGUGGUCGAGAUUGUGACCACGCCAGUAGCAACAGUUGCCCCAGCCGAAUCCAAGGAGUGGCGGGUCAGCAGAUCGCCCAGUCCACUGCCGUAUCGCAGGUAUCCGGCGCCGCUGAUUGACACCGCGCAGCGUUGCAUCUCGCCCUUUGGCCUGAAUGCUGUGCAGACGAAAAGCUCGACCGCGCCCUCGCCCACGCCCAUGGAGGCGAAAUACACGCAUGUAUCUCAGCUGGAGGGACACAAUAUUGGGCUGCUGGUGAGCACCGCCACCGAGCCGCUGCAGCUGUCCAUGUCCGCCUCAUCCUCUUUGCUGGCGGCCACACCACCGACCACGCCCCGCUGCAACUCACAGCCGCCGCCCUUUGAGUUCCUCCUGCAACAUGGUCUGGGCGCACAGGAACAGAGCUUUAAGUCGCUGGCGGGCAGCGAGGAGCGCCUGCGCGAAUUCAGCCUCAAUCGAUCCUUCGAUAAUGUGUCGCCACGCCCCUAUAUAGGCAUUGAAGGUUACAAACGUGUCGCCUGGCCACCAGCCUCUGAGGAGCGCAUCGUGCGUGAGUUUACACCACAGCCGCCGACACAGAGCCCGGCGCCGGGCAGCGGUGGAUACUAUCCACAGUCUGCCGGCCAGCCAGUGUCCAGUGCUGCUCCAGCUCAGGCUCAGUUCAAUAGACAACCCUCGAGGGAGCCUGUGCAGGCACCUGCUGCCUCCUACCCACAGCAACAACAGCGACAGUUGCCGCCGCAGCAGCAGCAGCAAUACCAGCCGACUUACCAACAGCAACAGCAGCCACCCAUUCAUGCCGUAGACAAUGCGGGUGCCGGUUGGAAGCAUAUAGGCGCUCCAGCGCCCAAGACACACAGCGACUUCAAUGCUGGAGGCGUUGCACCCGCAACUGCCUAUGCGCCCUAUCAGCAACAGCAGCAGCAACUACAACAGCAACAAUAUCAACAACAACAUUAUCUACAACAGCAGCAACCACAGCAACAAUAUGGUGCGCCGGCCUACGACAACUAUCAGCAGCAAUACCCACAACAGCAGCAGCAGCAACAGCAGCCGACAGCUCCGCCGCACUGGCAACAGCAGCAGCAGCCGCAGCAGCAGCCGCUGCCACAGACACAGCAGCAAUAUCAGGCUCCAUACCAGACGUCGGCUUAUCAACAGCCACAACAACAACAACAACAACCACAAAAUUAUCCACAGCAAAAUGGUGGCACUAACUAUGCUCAACCACAAUACAAUUCUUAUUCGCAGCCUCAGCAGCAGCAACAGCAGCAGCAACAGCAGCAGCAACAGCCACUGCAGCAGCAACAGCAGCUGCCCUACUCGCAGGAUCAGACUGAUCUGCAGCACGGCUAUCGUGGCGCCAGUCCUGGCAUCAUAACGCUGCGCAAGGAGGCGCCCGUCUCACAGAAGCCAGCGCCAGUUUACACUUCGCAGCCAGCCGCCGUCAGCUAUCAGGGAGGCAGCAAAUUGCGCGGAGAUUUGAAAUGGCCACCACCGGAGUACAAGGAGGCUGCUGUACGCGAAAACGAGGAACGUCGCCUGUUGGCGUUGGGCCCCGUUUGCCGUCCCCGAAGAGUCAAUCGUGACUACACUUCCUUCUUUGCCAAGCACCAACUGAACAACGGCUAUCCCAGCUACAAGGUGCCACCAGGCACCCAGCACAUGUUUGGAAUUUAAGCAACUGCUCAAAUUGUGGCUAGAUAAGGAAGGAGCAUCAACAGCUCAAAAAGCAAUGGAAAAUUUGAUCAAUGGAACCCACUUCAUAUAAUAAUAAUAAAAAAAAAAAACAAACGACUAUGUAUAUGUUACUAAAACGACGACUAACGAAUCAAACUAUAUACUAUAAAAACUAUAUAUGUAUAUUGUUAUACUAAUUUUAAACGUUACUAACACAGCAACUUUAUAUACGUAUCUAUCUAUUUAUCAUUAUUUAUAUAAUUAUGCCAAACGAAACGAUUAUCAGGGUACGAAGUACGCCUUCUAAACUUCUAUAAACACUUCAGAGCUCAUAUUUCGUAUGAUAUAUGGGACGCUGUAUGUGAAAGAGAAUAGGAUUUUAUUUUUGUAUGCUGCAUAGCAUAUUGGAGCAUAUGCAUAACAUAGAUACAAAUACUUAUGAAGUAUGCCUUUAUGUUUGCCAAUUAUGUUUAAGUUGAGAAUUAAUAUGAUACUACUAGCAACAACGAGACCUAGCAAAUGAAAUGGAUAUGAUAUGGAAAAUGAAACCUUGUAAUGCUUAUACAUUUUAAAAACACAAAAACAAAACAAAAAAAAAACGAACUAACAUAUCUAGCAAUCUAUUAUAUACAUAUAUACUUAUCGCAAUGUUUUACUUUAUAGACCGUGCGGGCAGCCACGCCUAGUAACACGCCCAUUGCACCCAUGCUUAAGACAAUAUAUUUGGGUUAGUUUACUGUAAAUGGAAUCGAUAGAGCCCACAUAUAUGUUCUAGAGUCUGGGCCCGCUUAGGGUUGGAUUUCUAGGCGCUGCCUCGCAGUGCGUCGCAAUUGUUAAAAUAGUUUGAGUUUGCAUGAUUUUUUUUGUCUAUAUUUUGUUCUAUAUCUACACAGAUAUAUAUGUUUAUUUACGAUUAUAUUGUUAACGAGCAUAUUAUAAAAAAAAUGUCAAUGGUCCGUUAAGUAAGUUAUGUGCCAAGCAUGAUAUGAUAUGGCAAUUCAGUGAGUUUAUCAAAUGUCAAAAUCACAAUCAAAUCAAAUAUGUAAUUGUCUCUGGGCGACACGGACAGGGCCGCAUACCAGCUCGCUUCUUGCCGGCAGGCAAUAAUAUGAGGAUGCCUUUGCCUGCUGCACAAGCGGGGAGAUCUGAGCUUUGUGCGCGCCCUGAGGUGCCGCCUAGAUGAAACCCAACACUCUGACUUACCUAAAACAAACAAAACAAAACAAAAGAAACCAAAAUAUGACGAACAAAUGAAAUGAAUUGACGUUAUGUUUACAAUUUGUUGUAUAACAUUGAGAGCUAUGAACACUUAAAUCAAAUAAAUGGCUAGUUUUUGAAUACUCGCGACGAGAGAA